UGUGAAGUGUGUGAAUUCCAAUGUGUUCUGUGGCUCACUGUGGCUGGCAAAUGGCAAUCAUAGAGUAAAGUAAUCUAAUGGCAAUAUGGCAAUGACCAAAACGUACUGAUGAAAUUAUAUUUUCGUUGUUCCGUGUUCGUAGAUUUAUUAAAAUAUUUUAAAUGAACACUAAGCAAAUUUGUUUGUUUCCUUGUCUCACCAUGAGUAUACAGAGAGUGUUUUUUCAAUCAGAUUUGUUUAUACUAUAUAUUUAGUGAUUCACUGAUUCAUCUGAAGAUUAGUAUUAUGACAAGUCGAUAUUAAAUUACUUUUAUGUUUGUGAUUGUGUAUUACUUUGAUAAUGAUUGGUUAGGAUUAAUGUGGUAUGGCACUUAUAACAAUUCAUCGUUCUCCGAGUGUGCAAACACCAAAGAAAACGGAUGAGGAAGAAAAAUCAACUGAAGCUUCAGAGGACGAUGCCGGGAAUCUUACCAGCAAGAGUCUCAAUGAGUGCUACUUCGCUAACAAGGGCGCGGCGCUGGUGCUGGGCAGUGCGGAGCGAGGCUGCGCGGACCGCCGCCGCUCGCCAGCACGGCCUCUUCCUCAACCUCACAUUCACAACCAUCUACAGUCUAUGUUUUAUUUGGUGCGCCCGGAGGAGACGCUCAAAAUGGCGGUGAAAUUGGAGAGCGCUCAUCCUGGGCGUACGCGGUAUUUGGUGGUGGUGUGUCGCGGCGACGAAGCCGCUCUGCUGGGCAUCGACUGCAAUGAGCGAACCACGGUCGGCCUUGUGCUGCGGGUGCUGGCGGACACCUCCAUCAAACUAGACGGAGAUGGAGGGUUUAGCGUGUGUGUGUGCAACCAGCAACAUAUCUUCAAGCCCGUAUCUGUGCAAGCCAUGUGGUCGGCGCUGCAGACGCUGCACCGCGCGAGUGCGCGCGCCCGCUCGCUCAACCACUUCGCGGGCGGCGCGUCGCACGCGUGGUGCGCGCACUACGAGCGCCGCGUGGACUCCGACCGCUCCUGUCUCAACGAGUGGCACGCCAUGGACUGCCUCGAGUCGCGUCGCCCGCCCUCGCCCGACUCGCUGCGGCUCAAGCCGCGCGAGAAAGACGAGACCGAGCGCGUGAUCCGCAGCACGCUGAAGGAGAUCAUGAUGAGCGUGGACCUCGACGAGGUGACGAGCAAGGCCAUCCGCAGCCGGCUCGAGGACGAGCUCGACAUGGACCUGGGCGAGCUCAAGUCCUUCAUCGACCAGGAGAUGCUCACCAUCCUGGGCCAGAUGGACGCGCCCACCGAGAUCUUCGACCACGUGUACCUCGGCUCCGAAUGGAAUGCGAGCAACUUGGAGGAGUUGCAAAGAAAUGGGGUCAGACAUAUACUCAACGUAACUAGAGAAAUAGACAAUUUUUUUCCUGGUAUGUUCGAUUACCUAAAUAUUAGAGUUUACGACGACGAAAAGACUGAUCUUCUAAAACACUGGGAUAAUACUUUUAAAUACAUAAAUAAGGCUAGGAAUGAAGGCUCGAAGGUUCUCGUGCACUGCAAGAUGGGCAUCAGCAGGUCCGCCUCCGUCGUCAUUGCCUACGCCAUGAAGGCGUUCAACUGGAACUUCGACAAGGCUCUCCGGCACGUCAAGGCGAAACGAAGCUGCAUCAAGCCGAACAACAACUUCCUGAACCAGCUCGAGACUUAUCAAGGAAUCCUGGACGCAAUGAAGAACAAAGAGAAAUUGCAGCGGUCGAAGUCCGAGACGAAUCUGAAGGCUCCCAAGUCGUCGUCUAAAUCGGAGAACAAAAUAAUGGACCCCACCCCUCUAGUAUUAGCUCUGACCGGGUCGUACACGGGCCGGCCGCGCUCCUGGUCGCCCGACUCCAAGCUCGCCGGCGAGCUGCUGCCGCCCACCUCCGUGUCGCUCGAGAACCUCGCCUCCGAGACGCGCCACAUGCUCAUGCCGUGCGCUGGCGGCUCCUACAGCGUGUCGCCCAACCAGAUCAUGCGCCUCAAGGAGCAGGGCGCGCCCAGCGUGCGCGUGCUGGUCCACGAGAUCGAACGUCGCGAGCCGCCGCGCCGCGCGCGCGCGCCCGACCGCAUCCACGCUUGGGACCCCGGGGAGGCGCCGUGGCCGCGUGGCGACAGUGACGAUAUAGUGAAGAGUGACAGUGGUAUGAUAGACGUUAAAUUAAAACCAUGCGACGCUUCGUACGAUCCGGUGGAGCGGCGGGGCGACGACGAGGCGCCGCCGCCAAGCCGACAGAGCUCCUGGAGCUCGUUCGACAGUGCGGUGGUGGUGGACCUAUCGCGCCACUCAUCAUGGGGCUCCGGCGACGCGCGCGCGCGCCCGCCGCCCGCGCCGCGCGACGAGCCUGCGCCCGAUCUCGCUGUGAUCCGCGAGCGCGCGCCGCCCGACCUCGCCGCCAACGAACGCAAGUUCAACGAGACCUGUGCCAUACUCGAGGAGCUGGCGCGCAUGGAGAGCGCGCGCGACCGCGGCGCCUCCACGUGGGGCGGCCGCCUGUCCGCCUCCGCGCCCGCUGACACGUGGCUGCGCGUGGGGCCGCGCCGGCGUCGCCUCGCCGCCGCCUCGCACGGCGACCUGCCGCGCGCUGCGCCCGCGCCUCGCCCGCCGCCCGCCGGCCUCGUCAGCAACCUCAAGAAGGAGUUCGAGGCGCGCUCGGCGACGCGCGCGCGGCCGCCCGCCUCGCCGCCCGCGCCUCCGCAGCCCGCCGAGGACCUGUCAGUGCGCGUGCUGGUGGGCCGCUACGACCAGCCGGGCCGGCCGCGCGAGGCGGGUGGCGAGCCGAGCCGCGCCAAGGCGCCGCACGAGUCGGUGUCGAAGAAGUGCAAGCUGACGGCGGAGAGCGAGGGCCGCGCGCGCUCGCGCACGUCGUACUGCGGGCCGCCGGGCGAGCGCCCUCCGGCGGCGCCCACCGUGGUAGCGCUCGCACCUCUGGACUACUCGAGUGUGGUGGUUUCAACUGUGAUGUCGAAAGCUCAAAACAAAAACAAUUGCAGCAUGGGAAAACCCAUCCGUUGACGAGGCUCAACUUGAACCGGUCAAAUAAUAGAUGUUCGAAUCCUGUGUAUAAUACUAUGUAGUAAUUAUGGUCCAAGAGCCAGUGGGAGGUGUUGUAACUUUAAGGUGUACUGAGUACCUCUCCAAAAUUUUCCACUGGCUCUCUGGCUAUUAGUAUUGUUUUAUUUAUUAUGAAUUCUUGCCAAACUGGAUAUUUUAUCUUUCUAGAGUUUUAUAUACUAUUUACAAAUGAAAUCACAGUGUAUUUGUCUAUCACAGUAAAUUGUAUAAACGCCUGUUUGUGAGUAGAGACUUUUAUAAUGA